AUGACCUCUACUGUAUUUGUGCCCAUUAAGAGCAGAGGGAUUAAUUUAACGGAUGCCGCAGAUGCCGCAGACACCGCGGGCGCAAUGUUGCGAAUUAUCUCUGAUACAACGGUCAAUGUCAAUCGGGCAGAGGCCUCUCUGGAGUCCUAUGAUAUGGACGUGGAUGACUUUGAGGACUCCAGGGCGGCGGAACAGCAAGAUCAACUACUUGCUAUCUCCCAUGGCGCUAGAGUUUAUGGUGAUUGGCAUUAA